AUGAGUGAAUCAAGUAAAAUAAAAAGGUCUAUUAGUCCUCAAAUAGGAUAUAGAUUUGAUGCGAUUAGUAAAGAAUUAGAAGAAAUUUCACCUGUUUCAACCAAAGACACUAUUAAAAAAGAAGAUGUUAAUUCAGAGACUAAACUUUCAUUUUUACCAAUAGGAAGUUUAGAAAAAUCUCAUAGCAGAGAAGAAAAAAGUGAGACUCAUAAUGAUUGUUGGACCUUUUCAGGAAGAUCUAUAAGUGUUGAUUGUACCUAUGAGUCUCCUUUUUCAAAUCCUUUCGAAUCUUGGAAAAAAUUAACUAGAAUUAGAGGAAAAUUAAAUAAAAAUCAUGAAGAAAAAUUAGCCGAAUUACAGUCAGACAAGAAAGAAUUGAAUAAAAAUACUCCUGCUAAGUUAACGAGCAGUAAAGAUAAUUCCAGUAUGUCAGAUUCUGAAGAUACAUCAGAAAGUUCUAAAAUUUCAGAACAAUGGAAAGACUCGGAAGAUUUAAAUUUAUCACUUAAAGAAGUUAUUAAUAAAACUAACGACAUGCUUUCAACAACUUUAGAUGCAGCCUUACAAAAUGCAAAGUCGGAAAUAGAAGCAGAAUCGGAACUUCGACACAGAGUUAAUCAGAAAGAGGUUCCAGAUUUUUUGAAAAUUUCACAAAUUAAAAUAAUAACACCAAAAACUGAUAACAAUAAUGUAUUGACCUCCAGUAAUGUGUCUGAUGAAAUUGAAUCAGGUGUUGAAGCUGAUGAAAAUUUUGAUUCCACAUCGGGAGAUGCACUUGAUGAUUCAUCCAUUCAAAUGACUCUUGGAGGUUCGCAACCACCACCCAAUAGAAAUGAAAUAUUAUCAGUGUGUGCAAAUAUUUUCAGUACAAUGCAAUCUCCUGAAAUGUACACAAUUACGUUUCUGAUUGGAAUUAGUAUUCUUGUUUACAUGCCAAUGUCCGAUUUCGCAAGAGGAUUUGUUUACGACAUCGUUCAUCAAGGAUCUUGCGCUCCAGAUUACAAAAAAUUACCUCCAUUAAAAAUACCUUCACCUAAAAACGUCGACGGGGUGUGGGUUAAUGAAUAUUUGCAUCCCUUUUACGAUCCAGAUUAUUAUUCCGUUUCUCAAACUACUCCUGCUUAUUUAGAACUCGAUAAUACGAUAUUAAAACUUUCUCGGCCUAAAGGGAAAAUUCGUAAAAGAGCGACUUUUGACGAACCCGAGUAUAAAAUGCAAUUCAUUAGUCAACGAAUUUACAACAUUGGCGGUUGCAACGUGUUUCUCAUGCCCGAAGGUUUAACAAAAAAAAGAUUGUACAGUAAAAAGUAUCCCAUUGUCAUACAUUUAAAAUCUGAUUCAUUCAUCGGGGAAAGAAUGAAAGAAAAAGAUGGUGAAAACAAAGAAAAUACAGAAUCGAUAGAUAGCGUAGAUACCGGGUUAAAUUUGACACUAAGUAAUCACUCUAAAACUAGUCUAUAUAUAUUUGCAAGGUGUGACCGACAAAAGGAAGAAUGGUACAGACGAUUAUUGUCAGCAAGUCGAGCCGUCAACACUCCAGAACAGUCCACUGAAAAACCUUUCGGAAGAAAAAACGAAAACGAGUCGUUAAACGAAAGUCCUAAAAAAGAUGUUUCGACUCCUUUUGAAAAAUUAUAUUUCGAUCCCGACACGGCUCAAAUCGAUGAAUAUUUACAAUAUAUGGCCAAAUUCGUCGACGAGAAAAUCAGUUUGCAAAAUUACAAGGUACCUCGAAGUGAUAGCGGAAGCGAUGAAAGUAGUAGUAGUAGUAGGACGUAUUCGAAAAUGGAGACGCAGUGGUUAAAUGCAUUUUUAAAUAGGAUUUUAUUCGACGUUUUUCGGAGUCCAUAUUGGCUAUCAAAAAUUCAAGAAAAAAUACAUAAAAAAUUAAAUUCCGUUAGAUUACCGUACUACAUCGAAGACAUUGAAGUCAUUGAAUUGGAUUUGGGUAAAACAGGUCCGAUUAUUCAUAAAGUUUCUCAACCUUACAUUGACGAAUGUGGAUUGUGGUUCGACAUGGACGUGACAUUUGAGGGAUUGAUAAAAUUAACAAUUCAAACUCAUCUCAAUCUUGUUAAACUUCAAAAGGGAAUCGAAGAAGAAAGAGAAACGUUGAGGGAUUCAAUUGAUAAUAAAGUGGAAAAAGGAAAGAAAAAAUCAAAAAUAUUGAGAGAACGUUCGUUGACCAAAGAAUCCUCUUUAACCCCGAACAAAGUCGAAAAAUCGUCAGAACUUAAAAACAACGAAUCCGUUGAAAAUGAAUUUGAAAAAUCAAUAACGAAAACGCCGCCGAGUUCGACAUCAAGUUCCCUCACCUACGAAUCUAAAUUGUAUCGCGAAAUAAGAAAAGCAGCUGAAUUAAUCAUUAAUAGGGGACUUGAAAGUAUACCCGACAGACGAUCUCCCAUUUUCGACAGCGAAGUCGAAGAUUCUGCAGAAUCGUCGGACGAAGAAUUGGACGAUAACGAAAACGAAUCCACUCCUUCCGCGUCGGCGACAAAUCAAGACAACGAUGUCUCUUCGGUCGAAUCGCAUUUGAGAAGGUAUCCGAAAAAUCGGAGGUCGAGCAAAAAAUUAUUUCGCAUGUUUGAAAACGUGGCUCAGUCGAAAUAUUUCAAAUCCGUUGCCCAAACGAAAUACGUUCAAAAAGCCAUAGCGAACGUGUCGGCCACGAAUCUCAAAUUAACGUUGGAAAUAAAAAGUUGUAGCGGUACGCUUGCCGUCAAUAUACCGCCACCGCCGAGCGAUAGAUUUUGGUACGGAUUUCGCGAAAUGCCGUUUCUUGUAUUUUCAGCGAAUCCUAAAAUAGGAGAAAAAUCCGUGAGGUUUUCACACAUAAAAAAUUACUUGCAAAAGAAAAUUUUACACGAAUUGAAGAAAGCCAUGGUGGUGCCCAACAUGAUCGAUUUGGUUUUGUUCACGUCGUCGCCGAAGGAAAAUGUAAAUUUUGAAAAAUCAGACCGGAAAUCAAAGAAAAACGACGACGAAAAAGAAAAACGUCAACCGGAAACGUCAACGUCGUCGGAGUGA